AUGGUAGACACAACAAUAUCGUUGAUUAUUGUGAUUAAAGGUAGCAAAGAUGUUGAAACAAAUGGAAAGAUUAUUGGUAUAGGUAAUGGUGCAAAUACAAAUACAGUACGUAGUUUGGCAGCAGAAAAACUUGGUUUAGCAAUCCCAUUAGAUGAUAUUGUUUUGGAAACACCUACUGGUGAAGUCUUAACAGAAAUCGAUAAAGUCAAAUCACAACAUGUUGUAUAUAUUAAUGUAAAAAAUAAAAUAAAAACUAUACCUGGUCCUCCUAGAUUACCUAUGAUAGGGAAUUUUUAUGAAAUGAUGCCAGAUUUAUCUGCAGGUUGGGCUCGACAGUUUGAAAAAUACGGUCCUUUAGUUUCGAUUAGUAUUCUAGGUGCUGAUCUAGUAGCUACAAAUGAUCCAGAUAUUACCGAAUUAUUAGUAAAAGAAUCAGAAUAUUUUACAAAGAAAAUUACAGUUGUACUACAGGAAAUUAAACAAUUCGCUGGAAAUGGACUAUUCACUUCAGAUACGGACGAUAAUGAAUGGAAAUUGGCUCAUAAGCUACUCAUGCCUGCUUUUAGUCCUCGUGCUAUUAAGGCAUAUCAACCAGAAAUGGGCAAGAUUGUACAGGAAACUAUGAAAAUCCUUUCUGAAUAUAGGCCUGAUGAAAAAGUUGAAAUCCUUCAAUGGUGUACUAAUUUAACUUUUGAAACAAUUGGACGUAUCGGUUUCGGAUAUUCCUUUGAUUUAAUGUAUCGUGAUAAACCUCCUCAUCCUUUUAUCGAAGCAAUGGGAUAUAUUUUAGGUCAGAGUGUGAAUCGCUUUGGUCAGCCUACAUUUUUCAAAAAACUACCUACAGCAGGCAAUCGCGCCUGGGACCAUAACAUUAAGCUGAUGCAUACUAUUGUUGAAGAUGUAAUUAAAGAUCGAAAAGAUAGUAAAGAUGCUAAAAAUAUGGAAAAAGAUCUUUUAGGAUUUAUGUUAAAUGCACAUGAUGAGCAUAACUUAGGAUUGUCAGAUGAGAAUAUUCGAGAUCAAGUCAUCACAUUCUUAAUUGCUGGACAUGAUACAACUGCAAACACUUUAGCAUGGACUCUAUAUGAAUUUACCCGAAAUCCUGAUGUCGAAACCAAAGUACUUCAGGAGAUUGCUAAUGCCGGUAUUACUUCUGACAAGUUACCCACACCUGAACAAAUCAACAGCUUAAAAUAUCUGAGCAAAGUUCUGAAGGAAGUUCUUCGACUUCAUCCUCCUAUAAGAAAUAUUAAUAAAUAUUGUAAAAAGGAUUGUAUUGUCCCUGGAGGUUAUCUAGUUCCAGAAGGCACAAACUGUGUUGUCUCUGUCUUAAACUUGCAUACAAAUCCUAUAGUAUAUCCAAAUCCAUAUAAAUUUGAUCCUGAACGAUUCAGCCCUGAGGAAGAACAAAACAGGUCUCGCUAUUCAUGGUUACCAUUUAGUACUGGCCCACGAUCGUGUAUAGGUAUGGCAUUUGCUUUACAAGAAGCUAAAACUGUACUUAGUAUGUUUCUUCAUAAAUUUAAGUUUUGCUAUGAUGGCCCACCAGUGAAAUAUGAUCCUUAUCAAGCUACUACAAAACCUAUGGAUAUGAUGAUGACAAUUCACCCUCGUACAGAUUUUCCAAAGUCAUCUCAAAAUAUUGUAAUUGAACGGAAAAAAACUAGCAAUAAUAUUUCUUCUGUCAUUGAAUCAUUUAAUAAUAGAAAAAGUAUUAGUACUAUUGAAUUGCCUAAAGCAACAUUUUUAUUUGGUACGCAAACAGGUACCGCACAAGAUUAUGCUAACCAAUUAGCAACACAAGCUAAACAAUUUGGUUUUAAGAAUGUUACUUUAUGUACAAUGGAUCAAUGGAAAGUAAUUCAAACAGGUACUUAUGAAAGUCCCAAAGAUAUGAAAAAACGUGAGCUCGUUGUUAUCUGCACUGCCACAUAUAACGGUUACCCUCCUGAUUCAGCUGAGCAUUUUAACAAAUUUUUGGAUGCAAAUAUUCAGCAAGAGAAUGAAAAUCUACUUUCCGGUAUUGAUUAUGCUGUAUUCGGUUUGGGCAAUAAAAACUGGAGGACCUAUCAAGCUUUCCCUCUCAAGGUGGAUAAAUUCCUAUAUCAACUUGGUGCAGAUCGCUUCUUUUCACCCGGUAAUGGUAAUGCAGACAAAGAUAUGGAUUCCCAUUUCAUGGAUUGGUGUUCACAUUUUUGGGCUUAUCUUCUUGCUAAAUAUGGUGUCUCUGUUCCCUCUUCUUAUUCACUUGCUCCUACAGUUACCUCAUCUACUGAAGACUUUAAAUCUUGUGCUGUCAAAUUACAAUUUAUUCCUCCUUGUGAAACUAAUAAAUGGGAAUUAGCAAGGCAAAAUAAGAAUGGUAAAUUAAACGCAAAAAUUCUUAAUAAUUGUGAGCUUCAAAAGGAAGGCUCAGGACGCAGUACUCGUCAUAUCGAGAUUGAUAUAUCUCAGUUAACACCUCUUAAUGAACAUAGUCUCUACAAUGCUGGUGAUCAUAUAGAAAUUUUACCAGAAAAUAGUAUUGAAGUUGUUGAACGUAUUGCAAUAGGGUUUGGUUUUGUCUUGGAUUCUGUAUUUGAAAUAGCUCCAGAAUCUAUUAGCAAUUUUUCACCUCGUUCUUUAGCUGCUACUAUUAAAGGUCCCUGCACUGUUCGUAAUGCAUUAAUGUAUUAUGCCGAUCUUUUAUCUGCUCCCUCACGUCGUAUGCUUGGCUAUUUUGCGGCUCAACUUCGAGUAAGUGCUCCAAAAGUUGCAUAUAUCUUUGAUAAAUUGACAAUGCCUGAUGAGAAUAACGAGGAUCAAUACCCUGAAUUUAUAAAAAAAUAUAGAACUUUACUUGAUCUUCAAAUGGCUUUCCCCCAAGUUAAUCAGCUUGAGUUAGAGCAAUUUUUAGCUACAGUAAAUGUCAUGCAACCUAGGCGUUACUCUAUUGCCUCAUCGCCUUUAGUUUAUCCAACAGAGGCUCAUAUCUCUGUUAGUGUCGUGCAUGAUUUUGCUAACGAUCGAUAUUAUCCAGGACUUGCUUCAUCUUAUUUGAAAAGACUUGAAGAACAUGGACAAUUGCGAGCUAGUUUAAAGUCUUCUAAGAAUACUUUUAAUAUGCCUUCUAAUCCUGAAACUCCUUUAAUUAUGAUUGCUGCAGGUACGGGUAUUGCUCCUUUUCGGGGCUUUCUUCAAGAGAGAAAAUUUCUAAAAGAUGCUGGACAAAAAGUGGGUUCCUGUACUUUGUUUUUCGGUUGUCGACACCCAGAGCAGGAUCAUAUCUAUUCCGAUGAAAUUGAUAAUUAUGUUGCAUCGGGAGUUAUUGUAUCAAAUCAUGUGGCUUUUUCAAGAAUGGAUGGAUCACCACAGAAGUAUGUCCAACACAAAAUACUUAUUUAUGCAGGAGAAAUUUGGUCUUUAAUAUCUAAUGGGGCAGCAGUAUACGUUUGUGGUGCUGGUGCCAUGAGUCAAGAUGUUCGUAAAGCAUUUGAAAUGAUGGUUAAAUGUUUUGGGUAUGCGCAAACAAAUAAAAAGGCAGAAAAGUAUCUUAAAGAACUUGAGGAGAAGAAGCUUUAUAUGGUCGAUGUAUGGGGAUAA